AUGGUUCAAAAAUCUCCUGUAUCUCACGACGUUGCUAAAAUAACAGUGGUGGUUUCGAAAUGUUUUUUUUGCGCUUUCAUUUGCUUGCUGUCGGUUUCAUCGUGGAAGUGGAAGCCUCUACUCGAAAAAGCGGAGUUUCUGGAAACCGUGCUGGAGGAAAAGUUCUCCCCGGAGGAUCCUCCGGCGCAGUUACAAAAUCAACUGCUCGCCGAAUGGUUCUGCGACGUUCAACUCGCAGCCCAGUUUUUCACCAUCAAACAUAUGGUUGAGCUGGCGAAAUAUAUGAAUUCUUAUGAACGUGCCAAUGAGACCAGCAGCGACGUCGUUAUUUUAUGAAUACAACUUUUUCUAAUAUUAUGCUGCUUCUCAUAAAGAAU